GGGUUUCCACACGUCUAGCUAUAGGCCUCCGCGCACAUGGUAGCAUCCUCAUUUGUUCACCUAAAAAUAGUUAGAGACUACUUGACACAUUUUUUCGAAACCCAUGCAUCUUGGUACCCGAUACUGAGACGCAAAGCUCUGUAAAUGGUGCUGCUCGGGGAUAUAUAAGAGAGAGGGGAAAGGGGCUAGGGGCAUUGACUCGAGUCCGCCUUGGUUUUCACUCGCCUCAACGCAGCGCAAAGAUAGAAAAAUGGCCUUCGCUGGUGUCCUCACUGAUGCUGAAGUGAAAGCAGCUCUGGACGGCUGCUCAGCUGCUGACUCCUUUGACUACAAGAAGUUCUUCAAGACAUGCGGCCUGGCCGGCAAGACCGCAGAAGACGUCAAGAAGGCCUUCGCCAUCAUCGACCAGGACAACAGCGGCUUCAUUGAGGAGGACGAGCUGAAGCUGUUCCUGCAGAACUUCUCUGCUAGUGCCAGAGCACUCACUGAAAAGGAGACCAAGGCUUUCCUCGCCGCUGGUGACAGUGAUGGUGAUGGCAAGAUCGGAGUCGAGGAGUUUGCUGCCCUUGUAAAGGCAUAAAUUUCCACCGACCAAGAUCCACUUCUUUUCAUGGAACUGCGAACUCCUUGCAAGAUUCAGUAAUCAUCAGCUGAAAGAAUAUUUUUUUGUACCUUAUUUAUGAGUUGCCUGCGGACUAUUUCUUAACAUGGAACACAUACUUUACUGUUAAUGUUAUUCACAUGUGUUAUAUGUUCUGAAAAAUGACUUGUGUAAACUGUACAACACCAUCUGCACUUCUGAGGAAGAGUGAAAAACCAGGAAUAAAUACUCUUUUGGUGUAAAGUCA